GCGGAGGGGAAGCUCGGCCUCCCCAAGAGCGGUAAAAGAAAGUGUGGAUUGGCGCCGGGCGCCCAUCAGCUGGCAGGCGAUACGCGUGGGUAGCGGGGCUUCACAUGGUAAUCAAUGCGGAGCGCGGCUGUGCUGGCGGCGGCCUGCUUCUGCAUCCUCGCCGUUACCGUACAUUUCGGGCUCCGGCUCCGGCUCGGCUGCCGGCGCGGCCGCCUCGCGCCGCUCCCAGGGUGGACAACAGACCCGUAUGAUCUUGUGAUUGGGAUAUUAUCAGCUCGUCACCAUCAUGACCUACGGAGUGCCCUACGGAAGACCUGGCUGGGGCAUGUUCCACAACUCAACCAGCGAGUACUUGCAAAGUUUAUAAUCGGUUCUUACGGCUGUGACAUCCCUGACGAGGAUCGAGAGGACCCCUAUUCCUGUCAGCUGCUGAACUUUACUGACCCAGUCAUAGGACAGGAAAUUGAAGCGGUCACCCUAUCUGGAAGUCCUGACUUGAUGUUGCUUGGCAGCAAAGUUUCAAAGAUUGAUUUCCGAGUUCUCCAUCCUAUUGUCAUUACGAGGUUGGGUGUGUUCCACGAUGAGAGGGAAGCAGCUUUUAACCAGAACCUCACAGUCCGACUCUACCAGACCACGCUGGAGGAGGUGAUUGUUAGUGCUCGCUUCAGUCCACUCAGCUCUGGGCUCCAAGUCAACCAGAUGUGGUAUAAACCUGUGGAGAGGUUCCUCUUGCCAAAGGGCUUUGAAGGCACAAUUGCUUGGGAGACCCAGGACUCAGACUAUCUCAUCACCAUGAACCUCUCUGAUGUUCUGCUUAACAAUGGAGGAGGUGUCCUCAGGUUCUUUGCAGCCCAGCUGCAGGCUGAGCAGGAAGUGAUCCAGGAUGGGUUUGGCCAGGACGUGGCAGCAGUGGCGGGAGGCUUCACCUACACCAUCCACGAUGGUGCCGCACUGCUGGAAAGCCUUGCCACAAGGCCCAAGCGCUUUGAAUGCCACAAAAACAAACUCAGGGAAGAGAAUGCUGCCUUACAGGAAGAAAGCCAAACCUAUCAGGAUAUUGUCUUUGUGGAUGUGAUAGACACCUACAGAAAUGUGCCACAUAAGCUACUGCACUUUUAUCAAUGGUCUGUGGAAUCGACGAACUUCCGGUUGCUUCUAAAAACUGACGACGACUGUUAUGUGGAUAUCGAGGCUGUGCUGGAGAGAGCAGGAGACCGGCUGGAAGCAACGAACGUGUGGUGGGGAAAGUUAGUUUUCAGGCAGAAUUGGGCAGUGGACGGCAGUGGGAAAUGGAUGGAGCUGGAAUAUCCGAGCCUGGUGUAUCCUGACUUUGCGUGUGGCUCUGGUUACGUUGCCUCUCACAACCUGAUCCAGUGGCUGGCAGAUAAUGCAAGGGCACUCAAAGUCUACCAGGGUGAAGAUGUCAGCAUGGGCAUCUGGAUGGCUGCUGUUGGACCCCAACGACAUCAGGACCCCCUGUGGCUGUGUGAGAAGAAGUGUCUGUCAGGUGCACUCUCGUCUCCCCAGUACUCUGCAGAAGAGCUGAUGGACCUGUGGAACAAUAAGGAACAGUGUGGAAACCCCUGUCACUGUCAAAAGUGAAGACCACUAGUGGGUUCUGAACGAGACAGGAUAAACAUCGAAGACUUUGAAUGCUGUUGGUCCAGAAUGCAAAUUCUUCUCUUUGCUGCAGUUUGCUCACUCUGACCGAUCUAUUAUCAAAGAAUGAUGCAUCAGAGUUGUGAACUAGGUAGGUGUGGGUAGGAAAGGAUUGGAGGCGUGUGCUGCCAGCUCCAUUUGGUCCCAUGGCCUUUACUGAGCACCUGCUACCAAUCUUCAGAAUGGUUGGGAGCUGAUGGUAUUCUAUGUGCCACAUGCUACACACAUUGUUCUGGGUAACAGUGGAAGAUGGUCUUGAUCAUUAAGCCAACAAUAGAAACUUUCCUAUUUUUGUAUUUCCGAAAAAAUAAAGUACUCUAAAUCCUU